AUGCGUGUCAUCUUUCCCAAUUUUAGUGUCCUUGAUGCCCGCCUCAUGAUGCCAAAGAUCAUCGCAGUUGUCAAGAGCAUCAUGAGUGGUAGAAUGAAGAUGCCACCAUCGGAACACCUACAUGCGGGCUACCAGAUCUCUUUAAAUGAAGAAAAUCCCAACAACCUCGAUCAUCUGCGCAACUUUCCGUCUAAUAAAGAGAUAUCAGACGAUCUCGACAUUGCCAAAAAACGUGCUCUUAGUUUGGCAGAAUAUUGUGAGAUGGUUGUAAAUGAGCUUGAAGAUUUAGACGAUGAUGUAGAGGAAAUUGUCCGAUCAACUGUUGAGAAAGUUCAAGAAGACUCGCCGGAUAUCUCAACGAGCGCUGCCAAAGAUUAUCAAAUAAAAUAUGGCUUCGACAUGGGGGAAUUUCCCGAGGAUGAGGCUUUUGAAACCGCAGCUAUAUUAACAAAAGAGCAGAAUGCUCUCAAUCUCAUGCUCGAUAAAGUACCCGAAACUCUUGAGGGCGACGUAGUUCAGAAUGCUGCGAUGUCAAUAUCAAACCUUCUCAACUCUAGCGACGAGCCUCACAAGACCAUAGACUUGACAGUGGGUGAAGAAUCGUUGAGCCUGAUUGAUGGUGACAAACUUCACCACAAGAACAUCAUGAAGCUACGACGAAGUCAUGAUAGUCAGGUUUCCAAGAAUAAAGCUCAACUCAACUACCAACGAUGGUGGCAUGAAACCGAGUGUUUGCUCGAAAGCCAUAGCAGUCUUUAUGAAGACUUUUUCUGGAACUCCAGCUGGUGCCGCACGUCGGCACCGGUGGAAUAUGCAUGUAAAGAUAAAUCUGGCGGGGAUUAUCACCAACACCACAACAGAUCGAGCUUUGGACCUGCAGCAGUUAUUCGAUGCUGGAUCGAUUGGGGUUGA